UCUCAUUCAAAGACGCAUCUAUUUCAGCCUCAAAUGAACUUCAUCUCGAAGGUCGGUACAAUGAGACUGCUUCAUCGUUUGGGACUCGGCAUAUUGUGUGGUCUUCUGUUACUGUUUGUGUUUGUGAGGUUUUCUGAAAGCCCUCUGAGGAAAUAUCAGCUUCCUCCUGCUGCAAAGCCAGAACCCAGAGACCAUGUAGACACCUCCCUGGAUCUCAGCUCCCGAACCGAUGUGACGACAUCGACGGACUGGGGAGCUCCCAUUUUGUGGGACGGGAUGUUUGAUCCUGACACCUACGACAAGUAUCACCAAAAAAUGGGCACCUCUGUGGCACUGACUGUGUUCGCCGUCGGGAGAUAUCUGGAAGUGUACCUGAUGGAUCUGCUGUCCUCAGCGGAACUCCACUUCAUGGAGGGUUUACCGGUGACGUACUACGUGUUCACCAACGCCCCAGAGAACGUGCCGGGGCUCCAGCUGAAGACUGGCCGGGCCCUGGAGAUCAUCAAGAUCAAGAGGCACGAGCGCUGGGAGGACAUCUCCAUGAUGCGCAUGAAGACCCUCGCGGACGCCGUCCAGACACGCAUCCGUCACGGCCACCGGUACGUCUUCUGCCUGGACGUGGACAUGGUCUUCGCCGGUCGCUUCGGCUCGGAGGCACUCGGGGAGUCGGUUGCCCUGCAGCACUCCUCCUUCUACAACCUCCCCAAGGUAAGGUACACCUACGACCGCAACCCCAAGUCCACGGCCUGCAUGGAGACUGGGGACCUGUACUACCACGCGGCCGUGUUCGGGGGCACGUGGGAGUCCGUGGUGAACCUGACCGAGAGCUGUCACCGGGGCAUAAUGACGGACAAGAGGAAGGGGGUGGAGGCUCUGUGGCACGACGAGAGCCACCUCAACAAGUACUUCUGGCUCAACAAGCCCAGCAGAGUGCUGUCGCCAGAGUACGGCUGGAACCCCCUCGACAGGCCCAGUCGAGAGAUACACGUCAAGCGGCUGCUCUGGGCUGAGAAACACUACAGCAGUCUCAGGACCUAG